UUCUCUCUGCUAUUUAUGUAAUCCCCUCAAAAUCCUUUCUCUUCCACCAACGUUCAAACAGCCUUUGAGACCGGUGCUGUGAGUGUUUCAGAAGGGAGGGAGGGGGGGAGGGAGAGAACAGAUCAUGAACCAUGGUGGGUCUGAGUGUGGUACUAGAAGCCCAGAAAUUUGGUGUUUGUAGCGACAAGAACACUCCUCAUGUUAUUAACAAAACUUCCAUGAUGCUUAACAACAAACCUUCUUCUUCAGCUUCGCCACCGACUUCUAAUUCCCAUCGUCACUCUGGUUCUCAAGCACUCUCUUUUCUUGAUCAAUGCUUCCUCUGCAGGAAGAGACUCUUGCUCGGAAAAGACAUCUACAUGUACAAGGGGGACAGGGGGUUUUGCAGCGUGGAGUGCAGGUGCAAGCAGAUAUUCAUGGACGAGGAAGAGAGUAUGCAGAGAGAGAUUUGUUCUCUGGCCGCCAUGAAAAGCCCCACAUCGCCUGCUUCGUUGUCCUCGUCAUCCCCUUCGUCUUCGUCGUCGGCUUCUUCUCGGGGUCAUCGGAAAUGACCCAGAAACCGAGCCGGUGGCGGUGGGUUUGCCUACUGAGAGAGAGUGAAAGAGGAACUACUUGUUAUCAUUAUGAAGACACCGAAAAAGAAGUUUUUGUUUGUCUAAAUUAAUGAUUCUUGUUUGUAAUUUCUCUUUUACCAUGCUUUCGAUUUGCGAAAACUUGUCCUGGGUGCUUCCUAGUAUGAAGCCAAAAUGUCCUUUUAAACUAUUUUAAUUUGGCACCAACCACAGAGAGAGAGAGAGAGAGAGAGAGAGAGAGAGAGAGAGAGUCCAACCUGUAAAACUGUGCAAAAGCUAGACAACACUUGGCCAUGGCUUCUCGUCUUCUCGAUAACCAAUAGCAGGAGUUAAAGGAGAUAUUUUCUAAUUUCUAGUGGUGACAACUGAGAGGGGCAUUUAUGGUAUCCUAUAAUUUUGCAUGCUUAAUUUAAGUUUUGUUUAUAA